AUAAAGACAUCUCCGGAGCAGAUGAAGGAAACAACUCCAAUGAUGAAGAAAUGCGAUGGCGGUUCCAAGAAGCUGGAACGGAAAACGAUCGAGAAGAACAGAAGAACUCACAUGAAACGACUUUGCGACGAGCUUACUUCUCUCGUUCCCUCCUUAUUCUCCCAAUCCUCUAAGUGUUUUACGCAGGAUAGCAUAUUCGAUCAAUCAAUUGCUUAUAUCGAGCAAUUACAGAAGAUAGUGGAACGAUCGACGGAGAAGAGGAUCGAAGCAUCGAGAUUGGUUAACAAGAGAGAUAGAGAUAAUACAGAUUAUGAUGUUAGAGACGAUCAACCGGCGGUAACCUGCGACGGCGUAAGGCUGCCGACGGUGGAGGUGAAAGAAUUUGAUGAUGGUUUGCAAGUGCGUUUGACGAGUAGAUCGAAAAGGAAUUUCACGUUUUCCGACGUCGUUAGGAUAGUAGAGGAUGGAGGAGGUGAGGUGGUGAAUGGUGGUUACACCACUUUAGGUGAAAAAGUCUUUUAUACCCUCCAUGCUAAGGCAAGAAUUCCGAGGAUUGGUGUAGAGACGACAUGCAUAUACGAAAGACUACAAGAGUUAAUCAACGAAGCUCGUAAAGAUUGAGAAAAAGACAAAAUAUCAACUCUUUUUAUACAGUAAUUAU